AUGAGCUCACUAAACAUAAUUUCUGAUCAUCUGAUGACUCUUAAAAAUCAUUUCGAGAAAUAUUUUCCAGAAGACAUCGUACAAUACAAUUGGAUUAAAGAUCCGUUUAGUGAAAACCCAUUACCAAAUUUCACAACUACUGAAGAAGAACAAUUAUUAAUCGAUAUUUCAUCUGAUUCUUCGUUACGAAUGAAAUUUUCUUCAUUUUCACUUUUAGAAUUUUGGAGCAGCAUUAAAGAUGAAUAUUCUGAAAUAUCCAAUAAAGCUUUGCGUGUACUACUACCAUUUGCGACAACAACAUUGCUACCUAAUUUUGAAGAAUUAUUAAACAGAAAACAAGCACAUUGUUCGCAUUAA